UAACCGGGGUGACGGGCUGGGGUGAAUUUAGUCAGCCCUAAAGACCAGGGCGCGCGGGCGGACUCGAUUUCCAAGGCGGAGCGUGGGCGGCAUCGAUGUGGCUGGGCGUCCUCUCAGCCCAGUCUCCGCCUCAACACCUUGCUCACGGCGUUGCCCGGUUUCCUUAAUACCUCAGCUGCCCGUCGUUUUGCGCUGAGCUUCCAAGUCAUCCUCACUCUCGCUUUUACGCAUCUACUUUCCGAAGCUCUCAGCAGUCGCUUUCCGUCCGAUUCAGCCUCAACCCCCCACAUUUGAUCAGCCCACGAAUCACAGCCCGAUCGCACACUACUGCCUCAGCAUACCGUACUCGAGCAGCGCCAUGUGUCUCGUCAAAGUACGGCAAGAAGAAGACGUCGUGGUUCCCUACCGCACCGUCCGUACCCGCUCACCACCGCACCGUCACUCGCACUCCACCCGCCGCAUCUCCCGCACCGAAAUAGUCCACGAAUCUCCGCGACCCUCGCGGUCCUACGUCGCGGUGCCCGCUCCAAAGCCGCUCCCCAUACCCGCGCCGCAGCCCGUUCCAGUCUUCGUAGAGCCUCCUCCGUCACCCUUCCACGCUCCUCCUCCACCACCGUCGCACGUCUCCUCGCACCACGGUCCGCACUAUGUCGAAGUGAGCCCUCGCAGCAGCGUCACGAGCCAUAGUCCCAGCCGGAGCGAGUAUGUGGUGCAUGAGAGGGAGUAUAGAAGGGAGAGGAGGGACCAUAGUCCCGAGAGGUAUGAGCAUUAUCGCUACGUGGAGCCGCCGCCGAGCGAGAGCGACCAUUUUGACAGGUAUGAGCGGAGGAGGAGUAGGUCAAGGGUGAGGGAGAGGAGUUUGAGUAGGGGACGGGGUGGGUACGGGCCAGAGUACGGGGAGAGGGUCACGAGGGAGAGGAUAACGAUUGUGGAUGAUGAUGGAAGAAGGAGAAGGGAGUAUCGGAGGUAGACAGGUUCCCAGUGAAGUUGGUUUAGAUGGAGCUUGUUUCUUUGUUUGGUUAUUUAUUUAUUGUUGGCAUGUGGACGCUUUGGGCCUCUCGCUUUGCAGCGUUUCGUUGGAAGCGCAUUGCAGCAUUUUAAGACUCACGAUUGACGAAGGCGUUUCAAGAUUCUUUACGGAUUUUCUUCGUAGUCGGAUAUUUUCCCUCAAAAUAGAUUUCAUUCGUCUAUGAUGUCAAUCGGUUCCUGAAUC